UCUGGAGGCCUGAACCAGCAGCGUAUCACCCAGAGUGCUCCAGGUAAGCAGGGAAGCCAGCUGCCCUCCAGCCCACAAAGUGGAGGAGUCAUUGGGGGCAGCAACCAGACAAAGCUCCAGCAGCCGCAGGUGGAGAAGGAGAGGUUGAGACACCAGGAGCUGCUCCGCACCAGACCACAGGAGCUUGCUCUGAGGAACCAACUGCCCACCAGUAUGGAGCAGGAUGGGGAACCCCCGAACCCCGUGUCGUCCCCUGGGAUGGGCCAGGAUGCCAGAAUCAUGACCACCAACAGCAAUGACCCGUUCCUCAACAGUGGGACCUACCACUCCAGGGAAGAGAGCACAGACAGCGGUCUGAGUAUGAGCAGCUACAGUGUCCCCCGUACCCCUGACGACUUCCUCAACAGUGUGGACAGUAUGGACACAGGGGACUCCCUGCCGGUCUCCAUGGAAACACAGCCCGGUCGUUUCCCUGACUACCUGGACGCCAUCCCGGGGACAGAUGUAGACCUGGGCACGCUGGAGAACAAGAGCAUGGCCAUGGAGGGCGAAGAGCUAAUGCCUAGUCUCCAGGAAGCAUUGAGCUCCGACAUCUUAAACGACAUGGAGUCAGUUCUGGCGGCCACCAAGAUGGACAAGGAGAGCUUCCUCACAUGGAUAUAAACCAAGCUGGAUCUGGGCCUCAUCACUGAUAAAUUGGACCUGCGCCUCAUCACUGAUAAGCUAUAGUAUACAACAUCGGUUUACAAACUUGUUUUUGCUUCUUGACCCACCAAUUGAGGUGGGUGUUUAGUCAUGACCCACCACACGAUUUGAGCAGUGGAACAACAUGCUCUGACCCGCAGGUAUAUAGCAGAGAGGAUCCUGGGAUGAGCUCCUAUGGGCUCUAUAGGAGAGACAGAGCUUCGUACCCUGCUCUUCUCUCCUAUAGUCUACACGUUCACCUGCUGCCUAGUCAAACUCUCAGACCAGUGAACGAUGUGUAGUUGCCUUGAUUAAAACAACAAUCUGUUCCUCCUUCCUAGAUAUGAAUAAUAUCUGUCAUCGGGCAGCAUACAUGAUAACAUGGCCGACUGAGGCACUGCUAUUCUGUUGUUUCUUUUUCUAUAUUUUUGUUGUCUGUGUCUUCAAGGCUGGCCUGUGAACACACAAUUUAUUCAAAGGUCCCCGAAUCUUUUCACACGGCUGGAAUUCUCAAUGUGUCCAUCGUCUUUACCUGGUGCAGGGCAGCUGCUUGUUUGUUUCUCCACCUUUACAUCUAGGGUGUCUCACCCGCUGGCCGGCCGGCAAGGGGCUUGCUGCUCUCCUUCUCCCCCAACGCCCACGUCUGAUCUGGGCGGCUGCCUGCCUGUAGUCCUCUCACCUCGGCCCCGGGCUUCCUGACAAUAGCAUUCGAGCAUUGUAUUAUCCUGCCUUUUUUUCUUUUUAUUCAUGUAUUUUACAUUGUUGUUUUAAAUUGUUUUUUGUUUUUUAAAUGAUGAGCCUGAGAAAACACAAAAUGAUGAAGUUGAUUUGGAAGGUUAGUUUAGGUACGUUAGGUUAGAGCUUCACCCCAAAUGGCACAUAUUCCUGACAUAGUACACACUACUAUGGCCCCGGGUAGUAGUGCACCAGAUAGGGUAUAGGGUGCUAUUUGGGACAUAGCCUAGGUUACACAAGAUGGAGUCUCAGUUAGGACAUGUUAGCUCUGUGUGGUGGUGAUGGGGGAUGGCCUGGAGCCUGGGCCUGGGACCUCGUAUACUAUACUACACUAUAUUAUACUAUACUAUAUAUAAUAUACUAUACUAUACUCAGUGGUGGAGAAAGUA